AUGCUUGAGCUCGAUGAAUGGGAUGAGCUCCUCACCAACGGCUUCGCUACUUUGCCCCACCGUGAAGGACACCACAGCAAUGAUCCUACCCAUGGUCACGAUAAUGUGGAUGAUGCCGGUUAUUUAGAGGUACCGAGCUCUCACCCGUUGCGCAGUCCUUCUGCAGCUGUGUCAUACGCUGCGAAAGAUCUUGGUGAAAUACAAACCGGAAUGGAUGCAACAAGACCACGACUAACGCAUUUAACAAGAACACUGUCGGAGAAUGAUCUUGACUGCCCUGCUACCGUUGAGGCGGCUAAUACCCCGGAUAACCCAGAUACUCUCAACCGUCAUGACAGCGAUGACAUUCUGCACACAGUCUUUCCCAGUGACUCGCUUGCCGCAGUCGCUCUACGAUAUGGCGUAUCGCUUGCAGCGCUCAGGCAUGCAAAUCAGCUAUGGCCAUCGGACCCAAUCCAUCUCCGUUCCCAACUAAUCAUACCACGCCAUCGUGCGCGUCCCGCCAAGCGAAGGGUCGUUUCGCAACCUACAACUUCAUCUAUUAAUCCAGAGACUCCCAUUGUCUCGUCUUCGCCAUCGACAUCUACUGGAUCACUCUCGUCAACACUUUUCGCUGCAAGAGAUACUGUUCUCUCUGCGUUGCCAGCGCGUAUCUCCAUAGACUCCGUCAGCUCUCGCGUCAGUGCAAAUGAGGAACUUGAGCUCGAGAAUUUCCUCAAGCCUCGUCUGCAAUCCCGCACCUCAGAUAUGGAUUAUCUGGACACCUCUGUCCCGCUUGGUGUUGAGCUUGACACCUUAUCGCGUUCACAACGUAACUAUAUACCAGCGCAUAAUAUCACCUCGCUACUUGACCAUGACGCCCCACCAAUAUCAUGUCAACAACUUCGCAAUCUCACAUCGGAUCCCACUAUCAGACCAUCCACAUCUGCCGGUGUUCAAACGUCCAGGCACAGUACUCCCGCACCUGUGUUUGUUCCCGUGCGCAUAUCCCAGCUAGAACCGGAACCUGCCAUGGAACUACCAGCGCUUAUCAAGCAUGGGCGCUGUGAGUAUUUAUGGGUAUCGGAGAACGUGUACGUUAACCUACCGGUCAUUCGCCAAUCACCAGCGGCUCUGAGUCUAAAUCUCACCCCAGAUUUUGCGAUCAUGCUGGAAGUGGGUGAACCGACCAAGAGUCGUGUAUCUGUCGUCACGUUUCAAAUGCAAUCAUAUCUCUCCGAUAACACAAUCAUCAUAUCUGCGUGUUUUCUCCUCCUCAAUCUCCAACGGGGAGAGCCGCGCGAAUCGCAGGGGCCACAGCCGGCGGACAUCAAUCAUGCAGGGUUACUUACAGGAAAGAAGUUGAUUCUUGUUAUGUUUCAACAAGUCACAGUAGGACAUCGCGUCAACAGUCCAGGAGUUGGGGCCCUUAAUGCGGAUGGGUGCGCGCACGGAGCCUUCAGGACUGUCUUCUUGGCCAUUGGAAAUAGUUCACGAAACCUUGAAAUUAUUACGCGUGGAACCUUCCGCGGAGAGCUGAGAUCGAGGGAUGAAUACCUAGUGCACGCAUACCCUGGGAUUCCAUACCGAGAUACCAGGCAACUAGUGCAAUGUGCACCGUUGCGCCAGGAGGACCAAGUUUCUCAGCUACAAUCCACUCCUCCGUCAACUGGUCGGUUCAUGGCGUCGGCUGGGUUCGGAUAA